GGAAAUUGAGGUGAAUCUUAUAGGUAGACAAUUAAUACAGGUUUAAAACAGCAUGAAGCUCUGUCAUUUCUUUAUUUUAAUUUCUGCAAUAAAAUGGUCCGUCUUUGGUCAUCAGACAGGAUCUAGGUAUAAAACUAAGCUGACUGCCGACCCUCCAUGGACAGUGGUGUUCCCAGGAGAGACAGUCACCCUCAACUGUCAUACUAGUGGACCUGGUGGCUGGAAAUAUUCCUGGGCCUUAGAAAAACAGGGGACAACAGUGCCACUCAAGGACUCCAAUGGAGAAGACGGUUCCCAGUACAUCCUGAGCUCUGUGUCAGAGUCUGAUGGGGGAAAAUACUGGUGUCAAGCUGGGAGAGGAAAUGAACAAAGUGACAGUGACUCUCACACUCUGGCAGUAUCUAAUGUCAAGGCCAGUGCUGUAGUGACCAUAGACUACCCCGAUUCAGUGGUUUUCUCAGGAGAGUCAGUCACUCUCAGCUGUGUGGUGAAGGGGGCGUCAGGUGGCUGGAGAUAUUCCUGGGCUAGAAACACAAAGGGGAGACUAGAGAACCUCUUUCGAUCAAGUGCUGAAGAUCAGCAAUAUUACACCCUCAGUCCUGUAACAGUGUCUGAUAGUGGACAGUACAUGUGUCAAGCUGAACGGGGAAGCAAACCAAUAAUUCAGACAUAUCCUGGGUUUCAUAUUUUGGAAGUGUCAGAUCCUCCUAAAUCUGUGUUGACGCUGGAGCUUGAAUGGAUGGAGGUAUUUAUCACGGAAAGUGUGACUAUGAGGUGUGACAUUCCAUUGGGCUCGAAGUGGAUCUAUGAAUGGUACAGAGAUGGACAGGAGAUUCUUGUAGACAGAGCCAGUUCCAACAGCAUCAAUGGAAACAGAUACACAAUCCUCUCUACUGCUCAGUCAGACAGGGGGAACUAUACCUGCAGAGGUCAUCGCAGCAGAAAAUCAGUUUACUCUGAAACUAGCAAUGCUGUUACACUGCAGUUGACUUCUAUACCUAAACCUGUGCUAAGCCUUGAGACAGCAUGGACAGAAUUCUACAGUGGAGAAAUAAUUUUUCUAAAAUGUUGUAUUAACUCUACUGAGUGGACCUAUGACUGGUACAGAGAUGGACAGAAGCUUGCUGUAGACAAAUCUGAUUUCAACAGCAAUAAAGAAAACAGAUACACAAUCCCUUUUGCAUCUCAAUCAAAUAAGGGGAGCUAUACCUGUAGAGGACAACACAGUAGACGUUCACUUUAUUCUGAAACCAGUAAUGCUGUUACACUGGAUGUAUCUGAAAUACUGCCAAAGCCCAAUAUAUUACAAGAUCCUCCCAGUGAGCUGAUAUACACAGAAGAUACGGUCACCCUGAGAUGUGGAUUUGGAGGACAUUCUACUGGCUGGAAGUAUCUCUGGCAUAAAGACACACAGGCAUUAUCUGACACUCACAGUGUGAGCACUGAUGGGUCAUGUUUCAAAAUCAGCUCUGCUGCUCUGUCCGACAGUGGAGAGUACUGGUGUCAAGCUUUAAGGGGAGAAGUGAACUUUUACUCUCUGCACAGUGACUCUCUGAAAUUAGAAAUCAGAGCCCGAGCAAAAGCGGUACUCACCUUGGAGUCAGGAUGGACAGAAAUAUUCAUCACAGAAAGAGUGACUCUGAGGUGUGAGAUUCAGGGGGACUCUACUGAGUGGAUCUAUACAUGGUACAGAAACGGACAAGAGUUACCUAUAGACAAGACUGCCUCCAGUAGGGGAAAUGAAGACACAUACACAAUCCUCUCUGCUGAGCAGUCACACAGUGGGGAAUAUAUCUGUAAAGUAAAAAGUAAUAAGAAUUCCUUUUUUUUCAACAAUAGCAAUUCUGUCACACUGAAGGUGUCUGAAAUAAAGCCAAAGCCAAACCUGACCCAGGACCUGCCCAUUGGAAAGAUAUACACAGGAGACAGAGUUGCACUCAGCUGUGGGUUUGUGGAAACGUCUACUGGAUGGGAGUACCUCUGGUACAAAGAACCAGUUCAGAACAACACUGAGAGCAACAGGACUGUUGGCUCUAAUUACACCAUUGAUUCUGCUGUUGUAUCCAACAGUGGAGAGUACAGGUGUCAAGCCAGAAGGGGGACUGUGCACUUUCAUUCUCAAAGAAGUGAUACUCUUACAUUAAAUAUAACAGUUGAGGCUCGACCUCAGGCUGUCAUCACCCUGGAGACUGCAUGGACAAAGAUUUUCAGUACAAACAAUAUGGUACUGAGGUGUGAGGUUCAGGCCAGCUCUAUUGAGUGGAACUACACAUGGUACAGAGAUGGAAGUAUGAGUGAUCUGAGCAGUAGAAAUGGAGACAGAUACACAGUUAUAUCUGACAAUGAAUUGUACAAAAGUGCCUAUACUUGCAGAGGAGAAAGGAUCACAGAGCCUUUUUACUCUGUUACCAGUGAUUCGUUUGUACCACAAGACAUCUUACACAAGUGGAUAUGUGUCAUGGGCAUUUCUGGUUUUCUUAUUCUCCUUAUCCUCCUCAUAAUCGUGGUUGUGCUUUGCAGGAGAUCUCAGAAACUGGGUAAAUUAGCUGAGUCUGAUGGAUUUUAUGAAAGCAUUGACCCUCUCACUGAAAGCCACAGUACAAGUAAUUCAGGACUGACUAAUAAAGUAGCUUUUUACUCUGCUACCAAUUUGAAGCUAAAAAAUCAGGGUACUCAAAAUUCAGGAGUGACUAAUUAAGCUGAUUUUAACAGUUACUAAUCUGAACCUUAAAAAAUAAUCAAGAAAGUGCUAUACUGUGACUUAAUAAUGGAAAACAGUGAUUUUAACAAUAAUGGCAAUCAUCCCACUGAAUAAGAUGAACUUCAGCAAAGGAAUAACCUUAAUUUCAUGUAAAAUAUAACCAGUGUAGUGUUUGUUUCAUUUACAAGUAAUAUUGUGUGUAAAUUGACCUAAAUAAAUGAAGGUAGCUUUGACAAUAUACCUCUAUGUUAAUAGACAAUGGAAUUCCAGUAACCUACUCAAAAUAAAGUGAUAAAAUUUCACUUUAGUUGAAUUGUAAAAAGGGCAAAUUAUAAGAUGAAUUAAAACAUCAUUAAUGGCAUUAAUGGCAUACUGUAAAAGCUUGUCUAAAUCACUCAAAGAGAUAUGCAACCAAAUACUGACUUUUUGGCUAAGUAUGCUACGUAAAUGUGUUGCAGUACUUACAGAAACUUUGAAUCAUUGAGUUGAACUCCAGGCAUGCAUGGAAUCACCCAAAAAUGACAAAUAUUGCGCUUAUUUGCAUUACUACAAAUACAAAAUUGCUUGACUGAACAAAUAAGUUUUGACAUGCUGUUUCAAAAUAACUGUUUGCACGGCACGUAACCUUCUUGUUUUGCUUAGUACAGUGUAUAAUGAGUACAUAAGAAAAUAAAAAAACAGGAUACAGUGUCUAUAUACAGUAAAUAAUAUUGUUAAUGACAAUAUGAAACCUGUGUAAUUAAGAAUAGAGAUCCUACUUUUGCUGUUACAAAUGCAUUACAGAAUUGCCAGAUUUCUUGACUUGACAAAUUUUAUUGAAAUACUGUAGGAUUACUUAAAAUAAUAGACUUUUGAUCUUUUGAUAGUCUUUUGAAGCUAAGAAUACUUUACACAAAAAGGUGAAGCCUGGGAUACCUCUGAUGUAUACUUGGAGGAUUUUUUUAAAUUGUUCGUAUUGGAAAAAACACACAUCCAACUAGAAUUCAUUAAGCAACCUGGACAAAUGUGCUUUAUAUCUGGAAAAUCUGCUUUUUUGAGAAAUUCUCUUGACCUGUUGAUCUAAUACAGUACCUGUUAUUGCAUUAACUAAUCUUUUAUGCUUAUGUUAUAAAACCUUAAUAAAAAUUGAAAUCAGUA